UGCGCUGACUGGAGGGAGACCAUGCGUGAGUGCCUCUCAAUCCACAUCGGCCAGGCCGGAGUGCAGCUGGGCAACGCUUGCUGGGAGCUCUACUGCCUGGAGCACGGGAUCCAGCCGGAUGGACAGAUGCCCAGUGACAAGACCAUCGGAGGGGGCGACGACUCCUUCAACACCUUCUUCAGCGAGACGGGGGCGGGCAAGCACGUUCCCCGGGCCGUGUUCAUCGACCUGGAGCCCACAGUGAUCGACGAGGUCCGGACCGGCACCUACCGGCAGCUCUUCCAUCCCGAGCAGCUCAUCACGGGCAAGGAGGAUGCGGCCAAUAACUACGCGCGGGGCCACUGCUCCAUCGGCAAGGAGAUCGUGGACCUGGUGCUGGAUCGCAUCCGGAAGCUGGCGGACCAGUGCACGGGACUGCAGGGGUUCCUCAUCUUCCACAGCUUCGGCGGCGGCACCGGCUCGGGCUUCACCUCCCUCCUCAUGGAGAGACUCUCCGUCGACUACGGCAAGAAAUCCAAGCUGGAGUUUUCCGUCUACCCGGCGCCGCAGAUCUCCACCGCCGUGGUCGAGCCCUACAACUCGGUGCUCGUCACCCACUGCACCCUGGAGCACUCCGACUGCGCCUUCAUGCUAGACAACGAGGCCAUCUACGACGUGUGCCGGCGGAACCUGGACAUCGAGCGCCCCACCUACACCAACCUCAACCGCCUGCUCGGUCAGGUGGUCUCGUCCAUCACCGCCUCGCUGCGCUUCGACGGCGCCCUCAACGUGGACCUGACUGAGUUCCAGACCAACCUGGUGCCCUACCCCCGCAUCCACUUCCCGUUGGCCACCUACGCGCCCCUGAUCUCGGCCGAGAGGGCAUACCACGAGCAACUGUCGGUGGCCGAGAUCACCAACUCCUGUUUCGAGCCGGCCAACCAGAUGCUGAAGUGCGACCCCCGCCAGGGCAAGUACAUGGCGUGCUGCAUGCUGUACCGCGGCGACGUGGUGCCCAAGGAUGUCAACGCGGCCAUCGCCACCAUCAAGAGCAAGCGGUCCAUCCAGUUCGUGGACUGGUGCCCGACCGGCUUCAAGGUUGGCAUCAACUACCAGCCCCCGACCGUGGUGCCCGGCGGCGACCUGGCCAAGGUGCAGCGCGCCCUCUGCAUGCUGAGCAACACCACCGCCGUGGCCAUGGCCUGGACCCGCAUGAACCUCAAGUUCGACAAGAUGUACGCCAAGCGGGCCUUCGUCCACUGGUACGUGGGAGAGGGGCUGGAGGAAGGCGAGUUCCAGGACGCGCGGGAGGACCUGGCGUCGCUGGAGAAGGACUACGAAGAGGUGGGCGUGGAUUCGGCCGACCUGGACAAGAGGGCUGAAGAAGAAGAGUGAUUUUAUUUUAUGCCUAGAAAGUUUGGUUUAUUUUUCUUAACACUGAUAUAAAUAUGAUCUAUGAAAUUAAAUAUAUUUUAACUUUUA